AUGGUUAUUUGUGGUGAGAAUUACCAUAGGAUUGGAUCCUUACUUCCAGUUGAUGAAAAUAGGCCCAAGUUUGCUCAGCUAUAUAUAUUUGAACCUGGAAAUGAGGUUAACAAUAGACUUGCAAACUUCGCAUCUCGAGAGGAAGUCUUGCUGCCUGAGUUACUUGCAAGUUUGCUUCGAAUGCUUGAUGAAAACAACGAGUUGGUCAGAACAUUUAGGCGCAUUCGACAAGAUCUCCAGCUUUCUUCCACACCAAAUCUCCGACUCAGAAUCUUUGGGAUCAAAAGUAGAAAUCGACAAUAUGACUUGCCAACUAGCUCUGAUAUUGCAGCCUUAAUACCUGGUGAUUUUGUUGCAGAUAGGGAGGAUAGAGAUAUCAUUGUUGACCAUCGAGGAGAAGGGCUGAAACGUAUAACAAGCCUCAACCCAAAAUUCGAGGCUCUUCACUUCCCAUUGCUAUUCCCGUACGGAGAAGAUGGGUUUCAUCCUCAAAUAUCUUAUAAUGCCUCCUUUUGUCCAGCAUCAAUGCGCAGAAAAUUUGUUACUCAAAAAGAGUAUUAUGCUUUUAGACUUCAGUAUCGAUUGAAUGAGGGGCAUACAGUGGUUCAAAGUGGCAAGGCAUUGCAACAUUACUGUGUUGAUGCAUUUUCAACAAUUGAACUCAAUCGACUGGCAUUUCUUAGAAUUCAUCAAAAGAUUUAA